AGGAGAUGUAGAUCACAUGGCUUCCUUGCUGGUGGGCCCGGUGCAGCAUCAUCAAAAUCCACUACCCGACUAUCAAUAUCAUCAUUGCGGUCCUAAUUAUGCUCUUGACCAAGCUUCAACUCUACCACCAGCCGCCGCCGUGAAACGCUCUGCUACCAUGGAAACUGAGAAGGAUAUGCCGGAUUCUCUAGUUGAUAGUAAUGGUCCAGUUAGUGGUCACAUUAUUUCCACUACAAUAGGAGGCAAAAAUGGCGAGCCCAAAAGGACCAUUAGUUACAUGGCAGAGCGUGUCGUGGGUACGGGUUCAUUUGGAAUAGUUUUCCAGGCAAAGUGCUUGGAAACUGGAGAAGCUGUGGCCAUAAAGAAAGUUUUGCAAGAUAAGCGUUACAAAAAUCGUGAGCUGCAGUUAAUGCGUUUGAUGGAUCAUCCAAACGUGAUAACUUUGAAGCAUUGUUUCUUUUCUACUACAACCAGAGAUGAGCUUUUCCUUAAUUUGGUCAUGGAUUAUGUCCCUGAGACAAUGUACAAGGUCUUAAAGCAUUAUAUCGAUUCGAAUCAAAGUAUGCCGCUCAUCUACAUCAAACUCUACACCUAUCAGUUAUUUAAAGGGCUUGCUUAUAUGCACACAGUUGCAAGGGUAUGUCAUAGAGAUAUAAAACCUCAGAAUAUUUUGGUUGAUCCUCUUACACACCAGGUCAAGAUUUGUGACUUAGGCAGUGCUAAAGUUCUGGUGAAGGGUGAAGCAAAUAUAUCAUACAUUUGCUCGCGUUACUACCGGGCCCCAGAACUCAUAUUUGGUGCAACAGAAUAUACAAUGACAAUUGAUAUUUGGUCAGCUGGUUGUGUCCUUGCUGAGCUUCUGUUAGGACAGCCACUGUUUCCUGGAGAAAAUGCCGUUGACCAACUUGUAGAAAUUAUCAAGGUUCUUGGUACUCCAACUCGAGAAGAAAUUCGGUGUAUGAAUCCAAAUUAUACUGAUUUUAGGUUUCCUCAGAUUAAAGCUCAUCCAUGGCAUAAGGUUUUCCACAAGCGUAUGCCUCCUGAAGCAAUUGAUCUCGCUUCACGACUUCUUCAGUAUUCACCAAGUCUUCGCUGCACAGCGCUAGAAGCAUGUGCCCAUCCUUUCUUUAAUGAGCUUCGAGAACCUAAUGCCCGCCUACCAAAUGGUCGCCCUUUCCCUCCACUUUUCAACUUUAAACAGGAAUUGGCUGGAGCAUCGCCUGAGUUGAUAAACCGGCUGAUACCCGAGCAUGUACGAAGGCAAGCUGGGCUGAACUUCCCCAUCCUGCAGGGACAUGAUUAUAUCGGUGCGACAUUAUUUGUUCAUGGACUUGUAGCAGAAGGAAAGCCCUCUAACUAAUAUCGUGCGGUAUUUUGACCAGGUGCACUGGUUUUUGUCGCCUCGAAAUGAUAUUUGCGUGGUGGCUAUAGGGUGGAAUCUGUCGACAUUGUAGUCUUAGCUAAACAAAUUUUAGUUGCUUUUGUAAAUUGUAGUCAAAUGUCGUUGUUCAAUCGAUCAUAUUAUUCGUGUUUAGCUAGUCUUCACUUGUGUUAUUGCUAUGUUUGUGCUGAUAUGUUACAUACUGAAAGUCAAAUCAAAUUUAAUCUUUUUUAGUUCCUUAUA